AUGGCUCCCAUCACAGCUCAGAGAGUCGCGGACGACAUGGCCGUCAACAAUCGCGAUGCCGCGGAUCUGUGCAAAGAUGCUCUGAAGACUUACAAGGGCAUUAUGGGUUUCGACCUGGAGCGCAAGUUCGAGAACUUAGAGGCCGUGAUCACCCAGGGCCCCAAGGAGAUGCAGAACUUCCAUAAGUUUCGACACGACGACAAGAAGGUCGACAGGUUGCGCGGGCUCUUCUGGGAAAACCUGAACUACAUCGAGAAGGGGACACAACAGCUCGUCGCGGCCGUCGUGUCGGCCUUCCCGCCGGCCGCGGCAAUUGGCACCGCCGUUACCUUCGUGCUGAGCGAGUUGCUCGAGAACCAUCACUUCCAGAUGGCGAUGCUCGAGGAGCAGAUGCAGGUCAUGAGAGUCGUCUGGGACACGACCGAGAGCUUCCUCGACGACAUGGCGAAACUCAUCAGGACAUUUGACGACAAGAAGCGGGAGCAGAGCAAACCACGCGGCAGCGGCGAACAGAAGGGCAAGUCCUCUGCUGCGGAGCACGGCAAGCAUCGAUCGGCGAAGCGCAUCCGAAACACCCUGACGAAAGUCGAAGACGCGGACCACGAGUAUCACGUGUUACAGGAGACGAUAGUGCCCGACACGUGUGUCUGGGUGUUUCGGGAGCCUGAGUGGGAAAGGUGGCUGAACCAGCAAGAUUUGCCGAAUACCGUCCUCGCCAUCACUGGAAGCCCCGGUACGAGCAAGUGCCAUCUCGCGUUCUCCGUCUACCAAGCCCUGAGAGGCGAGAAGGCGGCCAGAGACUCGUCGAAGCGAACGUGCGUGGCUCAGUUCUACUUUCGCGAGCAGAACGAAAGCCUCUCGUCCUUCCCCAACGGUGUCAUCGGCGUCAUCCAUCAAGUCGUUGAGCAGAGCAUAGAGCUUUGCGAGGCCAUGUACGCAGACAUCGCGUUUGGCAAAGAUUCAAAGGGCCGCUUGUUCUUGAUGUUUGAUGGCAUCGAUGAGAUUGUUGACGACGACUUUGCCCUCUUUGAGCGGUUCAGCAAGACUAUCGAAGAAAACGCUUUGAGGAUCUCGUUGGCGUAUACAGCCAGAUCUGACAUCAAAGUUCAGGAGUCAUUCUCGAAACCCCCUUUGAAGAUUGGAAUCGCGAGGGAGAAGCAGAUGGACGACCUGAGAACCAUCAUCUGGGCUCGCAUAAACUCCCUAAGCACUCUUAAAAAGUUCAGCCUCUACGUUCAGCAGCGUAUUGCAGACAAGACAGAGGAGAUUGUACGUAUUAAGAUCAGAUCUUCCGACCCUCGUCCCUCAUUCUUCGGACUCAACACUCUUGAACGCGAAGGCGCCGUCCUGCGCAGUCUCGAGAAAUCUCUCUCCCGCACCCUCUACCAGCUGUACAAAGUGACCACGGCAGUGUGCUUCCGUCGGACCGAAUCCAGUCGUCGUGAGCUUGUACCCAAGCUCUUGCAAUGGAUUGCGUCUUCGCUCAGGCUCAUGAACUUCAACGAAGGCCUGUCUCUGCUGCGACUCUGGUCGAACGAGAAUGACUUUGAUCUUGAAGAAAUACCGGAGCCUUUUGCAAAGAUUCUUCGGAUUGGCGAUCCGGGCUCAGGCGCCGAGACACGAGCAAAGGUCCAGUCGCAUCGGGGCUGGGGCACCGCCAUAGACGAGCUGGAAAAGACCCACAAGGCGUCCCAGUCGAGCGACCUCUACCAAGACGGAAGACUUCCCAUCAAGUUAUGA